CAGUCAGAAGGAGGAGGAGGAGGAGGGAAGGAGGUGUGCGUGUGUGUGACACAGAGAGAGAGAGCGAGAGAGAGAGAGAGAGCGAGCGAGCGCGGGAGAGAGAGAGUGAGAGUGAGAGAGAGACGCCGCCGCACACUGGCAAAGGGAUCCUUAGCUGAACCGCGUACACCAGCCGGGUCUUUUACGCAAACAAGAAGGGAAUAAGAGAGCUACAACGACAUGAAUGAGUGAAUGAAUGAAUGAAUGGACUGGCGAGCGAAUAAAUGAAUGAGGCUGCGUCGCGGCGUGAACUGGAAUACGGACCUCAUGCGACAGAGCUGCGAUCCAGAAAGGCUCCCCGUGGAUUUUUAAUAAACCCAGAAGAGAAGAGAAGGCAACGAGCACCAUGUGAAGUUCCUCCCAGCGGCUCGUGAAGAAGCCUUUGCCGAGACAUCUCUCUCUCUCUCUCUCUCUCUCUCUCUUUCUCUCACUGACGAUGACUUUACGAAGGACUUCCCUCUGGGCACACCGGGUGGCCUUCCUCCUGGCAGUGCUCCUCCCUCCCGAGGUCUCGUGGUGCCAGAGUUUCGCCACCUUCCAUGCCGAGAACCGCGACUGGACGUUCAACCACCUGAUGGUGCACCAGAAGACGGGCAUGCUCUACAUUGGCGCUGUCAACCGGGUCUACAAGCUUUCAGGCAACUUGACGCUGCUGGUUUCCCACAACACGGGUCCCGAGGAGGACAACAAGUCCUGCUACCCGCCCCUCAUAGUCCAGCCGUGCAGCGAGCCCCUGACCCUCACCAACAACGUCAACAAGCUGCUGCUCAUCGACUACUCGCAGAACCGGCUGCUGGCCUGCGGCAGCCUGUAUCAGGGGGUGUGCAAACUGCUGCGUCUCGACGACCUCUUCAUCCUGGUGGAGCCCUCGCACAAGAAGGAGCACUACCUGUCGAGCGUCAAUGAGACCGGCACCAUGUACGGCGUGAUCGUGCCCUCACAGGGCGAGGACGGCACUCUCUUCAUCGGGACCGCCGUGGACGGCAAGCAGGACUACUUCCCCACCAUCUCUAGCCGCAAGCUGCCCAAAGACCCCGAGUCGUCUGCCAUGCUGGACUAUGAGCUUCACACUGACUUUGUCUCCUCGCUGAUUAAGAUUCCGUCUGACACUCUGACCCUCGUCUCCCACUUUGACAUUUUCUAUGUUUACGGUUUUGCCAGUGGGAACUUCGUCUACUUCCUCACCGUGCAGCCAGAAACCCCUCUGGGCCUGAACUCGGGGGCUCACGGCACCGACCUCUUCUACACCUCGCGCAUCGUGCGCCUCUGUAAGGACGACAACAAGUUCCACUCCUAUGUCUCCCUUCCUAUUGGCUGCACACGCCACGGGGUGGAGUACCGGCUGCUGCAGGCCGCCUAUCGCACCAAGCCUGGGGAGGUGCUGGCCGCCGCUCUCAACAUCAGCGCCCAGGACGACGUGCUCUUCGCCGUCUUCUCCAAGGGCCAGAAGCAGUACCACCACCCGCCCGAUGACUCGGCCCUCUGUGUCUUCACCAUCCGGGACAUCAAUGCCCGCAUCAGGGAGCGCCUGCAGUCCUGCUACCAGGGAGAGGGCAACCUGGAGCUCAACUGGCUGCUGGGCAAAGACGUCCAGUGCACCAAGGCUCCUGUACCAAUAGAUGACAACUUCUGUGGCCUGGACAUCAAUCAGCCCUUGGGGGGGUCCCAGCUGGUGGAGGGGCUCACCCUGUACACAGAGGUGCGGGACCGCAUGACCUCAGUGGCCUCUUACGUUUACAACAGAUACUGCGUGGCAUUUGUGGGCACCAAGAGUGGCAGACUCAAGAAGAUCCGUGUGGAUGGGCCGCCUCAUGGAGGGGUGCAGUACGAGACCAUCUCCGCCAUUCGAGACGGGAGCCCCAUCCUUCGUGACAUGGCUUUUUCGGUGGACAGGAACUACUUGUAUGUCAUGUCUGAGCGACAGGUAUCUCAAGUCCCAAUUGAGUCCUGUGACCAGUACACCACCUGCAGGGAAUGUUUGACCUCUGGGGACCCCCACUGUGGCUGGUGUGUGCUUCAUAACAUGUGUUCCCGGAGGGACAGGUGCCAGCGGGCAGAGGAGCCUUUCCGAUUUGCUGCCACCAUUGAUCAGUGUGUGAGGGUCGUAGUGCAGCCGGACAGCAUUUCUGUCUCCGAGCACAGUGAGCUGCUGAUGGUGAGAGUGAGCGAUGUUCCAGAUCUCUCCCCCGGCGUCACCUGCUCAUUCGGCAACCUGACUGAAGUGGAAGGCCAAGUGUCAGGGAACCAGAUCCUCUGCCUCUCUCCGGCACCUAAAGAUGUGCCAAAUAUACCAACUGAUCAAGACUGGUUUGGUGUGGAACUGCGGCUGAAUUCCAGAGAGACGGGGCAGAUGUUUGCCAGCACUGAAUUCCGGUUCUACAAUUGCAGCGUCCACCAGCUGUGUCUAUCCUGUGUGAACAGUGCCUUCCGCUGCCACUGGUGUAAAUACCGCAACUUGUGCACUCACGACCCUACCAGCUGCUCCUUCCAGGAAGGCCGAGUCAAUGUCUCUGAGGACUGCCCACAACUUGUACCCUCGGAGGAAGUCCUUAUCCAUGUAGGAGAGGUGAAGCCCAUCACUCUGAAAGCUCGAAAUCUGCCCCAGCCUCAGUCAGGUCAGCGUGGCUACGAGUGCGUGCUGGACAUCCAAGGGGUCAGCCACCGUGUUCCUGCACUUCGAUUUAAUAGCUCAAGUGUGCAGUGCCAGAAUAGCUCGUAUAUUUAUGAUGGGAUGGAUAUCAGCGACUUGGCAGUGAAUUUCUCAGUGGUGUGGAAUGGGAAUUUCAUCAUUGACAAUCCAGAAGGCAUUAAAGUUCACCUCUACAAAUGUGCAGCCCAACGAGAAAGCUGUGGCCUCUGCCUGAAGGCCGAGCGCAAGUUUGAAUGUGGCUGGUGCAGUGGCGAGAGUCGCUGUACUUUGCGCCAGCACUGUGCCCCCUUCAUCAACCAGUGGUUGGACCUGUCGAGCAAGAACGUCAAGUGCACCAACCCUCGCAUCACAGAGGUGACACCUUUGGCUGGCCCCCCAGAAGGAGGGACACGGGUUACCAUCCAUGGAGUCAACUUGGGCCUUGACUUCUCAGAAAUUGUCAACCACGUCCAAGUAGCUGGCGUCCCCUGCACUCCAAUGCGGGAGGGCUAUAUUGUGGCUGAACAGAUCGUAUGUGAGAUGGACCAAGCCCAGCCACAUUUCCAUUCUGGCCCUGUGCAGCUCUGCAUUGGGGAAUGCAAACCAGAACUGAAAGCCCGAUCGGUGCAGCUGUACACCUUUGUGGGUCCAUCAGUGGAAGGUCUGUCUCCCAGUCGAGGACCGGAGUCUGGAGGAACAAAAGUUACCAUUUUUGGACAAAAUCUGGGUGCAGGCAGCAGUGUUUCUGUUCUCUUUGGAAAUCAGACCUGCGAGUUUUACGAACGGACACUGACUGAGAUUGUGUGCUGUUCUGCACCUUCGCUGACGGGCGUUGGCCCAGUGCGCAUCACGGUGAGCGUGGAUCGUGCUCAAGUGGAGGAGAGUCUGCAGUUUGAGUACAUUGAGGACCCCAUGGUAGUGCGUAUCGAGCCUGAGUGGAGCAUUGCGAGUGGACAUACCCCACUGACUGUGACUGGGACGAAUCUAGACGUCAUCCAGGAGCCCCGGAUCCGGAUCAAGUACAACGGGCAUGAGUCGGUCAAUGUGUGUCGAGUUCUCAAUGGGACAACCAUGUCAUGUCUGGCCCCUCCGCUCACCACUGAGUACCGACCUGGACUAGAUGCCGUGGAGCGCACUGAUGAGUUUGGGUUCAUCUUCAACAACGUGCAGGCACUGCUCAUCUACAACAACACCAACUUCAUCUACUAUCCCAACCCCACCAUUGACCCACUCAGUGCCACUGGGGUAUUGGAGCAGAAACCCGGCUCACCGAUCAUCCUGAAGGGAAAGAACUUAUUGCCACCCGCCUCUGGGGGUGCAAAACUGAACUACACAGUUUUGAUUGGGGACAGGCCAUGCUCCGUCACAGUAUCGGAAACCCAGCUACUGUGUGAGCCCCCAAAUCUGACGGGACAGCAUAAGGUUGUGGUCCAAGUUGGAGGCUUACAGGUUUCCCCAGGAUCCGUGCACAUCCUCUCGGACAGCCUAUUAACCCUGCCGGCCAUUGUGAGCAUUGCUGCUGGUGGGGGGCUCCUCCUUCUCAUUGUCAUCAUGGUCCUCAUCGCCUACAAGCGCAAAUCCCGUGAGAAUGACCUCACCUUAAAGAGGCUGCAAAUGCAGAUGGAUAACCUUGAAUCCCGGGUGGCACUGGAGUGCAAGGAAGCCUUUGCAGAGCUGCAGACAGACAUUAACGAACUCACCAGUGACCUUGACCGGGCAGGAAUCCCACAUCUCGACUACCGUACAUAUGCCAUGCGGGUUCUGUUCCCGGGCAUUGAAGACCAUCCAGUGCUGCGGGAGCUUGAGGUUCCAGGGAAUGGCCAGCAGAAUGUGGAGAAAGCCCUCAAAUUGUUUGCACAGCUUAUUAACAACAAGGUCUUCUUGCUAACCUUCAUCCGCACCCUGGAGCUCCAGCGCAGCUUCUCCAUGCGGGAUCGGGGAAAUGUGGCAUCCCUCAUCAUGACUGCUCUGCAGGGCAAACUGGAGUAUGCCACUGAUGUGCUGAAGCAUCUGCUUUCUGACCUCAUCGACAAAAAUCUAGAAAGCAAGAACCAUCCGAAGCUGUUGCUGCGCAGGACCGAAUCUGUUGCAGAAAAAAUGCUGACCAAUUGGUUUGCCUUCUUGCUCCAUAAAUUUCUAAAGGAAUGUGCAGGUGAACCCCUCUUCAUGCUUUACUGUGCGAUCAAGCAGCAGAUGGAGAAAGGACCAAUCGAUGCCAUUACUGGGGAGGCCCGCUACUCUCUGAGUGAGGACAAGCUCAUCCGGCAGCAGAUCGAAUACAAGACUUUGAUCCUUAACUGUGUGAAUCCAGACAACGAAAACAGUCCCGAGAUCCCAGUCAAGGUUUUAAAUUGUGACACCAUCACACAAGUCAAGGAAAAGAUUCUCGAUGCUGUCUAUAAGAAUGUGCCAUACUCCCAGCGACCACGGGCUGUUGACAUGGACCUCGAAUGGAGACAGGGUCGUAUGGCCCGUGUGGUGCUACAGGAUGAAGACAUCACAACUAAGAUCGAGAAUGACUGGAAGCGGCUGAACACCCUAAUGCACUACCAGGUGUCAGAUCGCUCUGUGGUGGCACUGGUCCCCAAGCAGACCUCCUCAUACAACAUCCCUCCUUCCACUAGCUUGUCACGCACCUCCAUCAGCCGAUAUGACUCCACAUUCAGGUACACGGGCAGCCCUGAUAGCCUGCGCUCCCGUGCACCGAUGAUCACGCCUGAUCUGGAGAGUGGCGUCAAGGUGUGGCACCUGGUCAAGAAUCAUGAGCAUGGAGACCAGAAAGAAGGUGACCGAGGCAGCAAGAUGGUCUCCGAAAUCUACCUAACCCGCCUGCUUGCUACCAAGGGUACACUGCAGAAGUUUGUGGACGACCUCUUCGAGACGCUCUUCAGCACCGUCCACCGAGGGAGUGCCCUGCCUCUCGCUAUCAAGUACAUGUUUGACUUCCUGGAUGAGCAAGCAGACAAACACGGCAUCUACGACACCGACGUGCGGCACACUUGGAAAAGCAACUGUCUGCCACUAAGGUUUUGGGUGAAUGUAAUCAAGAAUCCACAGUUUGUCUUUGACAUCCACAAGAGCAGCAUUACGGACGCCUGUCUGUCAGUGGUGGCCCAAACAUUCAUGGACUCCUGCUCUACGUCUGAGCACCGCCUUGGGAAAGACUCGCCGUCCAACAAGCUGCUGUAUGCCAAGGAUAUCCCCAACUACAAGAGCUGGGUGGAGAGGUACUAUGCUGAUAUUGCCAGGCUGCCAGCCAUCAGCGACCAAGACAUGAACGCCUACCUCGCAGAACAAGCGCGUCUCCACUCCUCGGAGUUCAACAUGCUGAGUGCGCUGAACGAGAUUUAUUCUUAUGUCAGCAAGUACAGUGAAGAGAUAACAGCGGCUCUGGAGUUGGACGAACAGGCACGACGGCAGCGGCUGGCGUAUAAAGUGGAGCAGCUCAUCGGUGCCAUGUCAGUGGAGAGCUGAGGACAAAUUAGGGGGGCAAGAAAGAGAAAAAGCGAAACGAAAACCCCUGAAACACAAAGAAACCAAAUCAUCCAAAAACGGACAAAUGCCAGAGAGUUUUGGAGAAGAGGACAGCAGCUUGUCGAAGCUGCGCCAGGCAGGCUGCCACUUUGGAGACCCCCACCCCCCCACCCCACCCCGUAUCUGGACCCGAGGAGAGGGGGAGAUGAACCCAAUGAAAGCGGCGCCUGCCUUGCCGGAAACGUUGCAUGGGAAUCAAGACGUGUAUAUUCUUGAAGCCGAGUGUAGUGGAUUAGCUUGCAUUUUGAUUUUUGAUUUUCGGUGUGUCGGAGCGGGUGCACUCACUUCUUUCCCACUCUUCCCAGUUAAUUGAAGCGGCUGGCUGCCCACUGGUGAACUAAGCAGCAGCCUGCCGUGAAGGCGGUGGUCCGCUCGCACAACUUUGCACAUGAAGCUGUUUUCUCAUCCAAGGAAUGGACCGCCAUAUCAGACGGCGCACCGAGGACUGUAAGCGGACCCCUGGUUUUGUUUUAUGCGUGACUUGCGUGUGUAGAGACGUUCAAAUUUAAAGAGAGCACUUGGUUUUUUUUUACUAAGGUCCUAGAGGAAGAGGCAUCUUGCCCCGUCUCCUUACCUUCAUGGGGGCUUUUCUGCAAAACCCCAGUGCCACCUGCUCAGCCCUCAUCGGGGGGCUCCGAUGUUCAGAGUCACUUGGCACUUAAAAUGUGACAAAUACCUGCAGACACAGCUGAAUAAAUGGAAAGAAGAAUUCAGGCCAACCGGGGGGAGGCGAAGGAGCAGCCAUGGGGGCUUCUGCCGGUUUUGGAGGUCCCUGCUGCUCCACCCACCCCUCUCCCUUCUCUUCCUGUGCAUGAUACCCACGUCCCAUUCCCCCCGAAAGGACUCUGCCAGUUUGUGGCGCGCUUGCCACGGACGUGUCUGAACCAGAGCGAGGUACCAACGUGGCAAAGGCUGCUGGGAGAAUCCCUCAAAAGAGGCGCAAGGAGCUCCGGGGGGCAGUCGAGGAGAAGAGAAGAUGGCACACAGUGUUCGACCUUCAGUGUUUACACCAAAUGAUACUUGAAGAAGUCCUUUUAUUUAAUGUUAUUUAUUUAUGUCUAUUUAUGAUGAGCGGCUGCUUGGCGGCGGCCCCCCGUGUGGGUCGAGUCGUGUCGCGCCUGGCACACUUGCACGCUUGUUCCCUUUGCACCCGCACGUGCAUUUCGUUGAGAUUCCUUCUGCUUUUCUAACCAUCAAAGUCUCGCUCCAAAAAUGAAAGAAGAAGGUCGAUAUGGCCUCGUACCUUACAGGCACUGCUUGCAGGGGCACAAAACGGGCACCGCUUGAAGACGCCAUUGGCCUCGGUGUCCUGCUUGUGCUUUGAAGCAGAACUUUGAUCUGUGAGUGAUGUGCGGCACAGCGUGUGAUCAGGAGAAGCAAAAAGGGGUGAUCAGGGUGGACGUGGCAUCGCUGGCUGCCAGGGCAGGCCCUCACAUGGUGCUGUCCGGGGUUCACGUUAAGUGUGUCUGCCACCUGCCUGGGCUGGGCAAACGGUACCCUCCUGAUGCCCACCUGCUUGCCCUCAUAGAGGAAAAGAUUUCAAGCCAAAAAUGAUCUGAUAAACAGGGAACAAGCCGAGGGCAGGACCACCGGAGCUGAGGUGCAAGUGAGCACAGCGGAGAGCGACGCCGCCUGUCCGGCCCCCCGAGUCCGCCACCCCCCCGCCCGCUCUUUUCUUGUGUUUUUAACUUGAUAUUUUUUAUUUUCUUUCUCUUUUGUCUUGACCUCAACAAAGAAAAAAAAACGCAAACACUGGGGCUGCUGGCUGGCGCUUGUGCUUUGUUGAGGGGUCUUACGUUUGUUUGUUUGUUUGUUUGUUUUUACCCCCCCCCCAAACUCUCGUCACACGCUGACCACCUUUGGCUGCGAGGCCAUCCAGCUUUGUUUGGCGUGUCCAUGCCACGCUUUAAACUGGGCGCGCUGGCAUCCUCCUUCACCUCAGAAGAUGCCCGGGCCGUAAACCCACAGCUGCCCGUGGACCACCCGGCUGGAUGCCAGUUUCCUCGCCGUCCAUUUUCAGCACUGGCACUCUCCCUUGUCGUCCUCAACGAAUGCAAACGGAAUAAAAGUGUACAGAAAAAAAAAGAAAGAAGAAGAAUAAAUCCCUGCAAUGGCCGUCUGUUCAUGUUGUUUUAUAAAGGUGUCGUGAAAACUGUAAGAAAAGGUAAAGUAUUUAAAAACACAAAAGACUUCAACUCCAAAAAACACACGUUGUCGUUUAUUAGAGGCUUUUUGGUUACCAUAAUAUAUUAUCGUGUACCUAGUGUAAAUAUGAAGCACUCCUAUUUUGCAAGCCAAGGACUCACUUUGUACUGUUGUUAUAUAUAAAUAAACUUUACUGUUUCAAAGA